ACUGUAUGUCAUUUCCAUGUACUGAACUCUUGUUAUUUAACUAUGCCAAUAUAAAUUCAAUUUUUCAUUCGAGGGCACCUUUAACAUUUACAUCAUUUACUGUAAUCUUUCUAUAUUCAUAAUUUAUCAUAAAAAUAAUUAUAAAGAUAAGAGACAACCCUACCCCUAAAAACGUUUAGAUUUUGUUUGUUUGUUUUUGUUUUUCAUUUUUUAAUCAUGAUUUCAGAUGCCACAUGCACACAUUCUCUCUACUCUCUCUCUCUCUCUCUCUCUCUCUGUUUUGAGUCAUAGUUUUCUUGGCCUUGUUGUCUUUUUUCCAACACGCUCUUGACCCAAAUGUGUUGAUUUCGAGAGAGGUGUUUCUAUUGUCCUCUCUCACUCUUAUCCAUAAAUUAGUCAUUUUAUUUUGCCCUGUUUAGUGAGUUUGAUUUAACAAAAAAACAGACUGUAACAAAUAAUUUUGAUGUCAAAACAUUGUGAUCACAAUUUUGCCAUCAGUCUCCAUAGUUACCGUGAGUUUUUAUCCUCAUAGACAUUUCUGUUUAUCUAUUUGCGUUUCACAUCUCGUCUUCAAGCUGUUCAGAGACAGCUAUAAUGAUGUCAUUUUUCCUCUUUUAUCCACAUCCUCUCCAAAUAUCUUUCCAUCUGCUCCUUCUUGUAGAUAUUUCUCAUUCUGUCACAUGAGCAUUUGAUUUUUUUUCUUCUAUUCUAAUCCUCAGUUCUUCUAAUCUCAGUUCCACUAUCUUUCUCUCUCUCUGUCUGUGGAAUGAAUGGCCUGUUAAGCAGUAAUCUUAGCAGACAGCACUAGUAAUGGUGGUGAGUGCAGAGAGCUCUGGGAUUACUGGGCUACUCUUAUGCAAACACAUUUCAGGAUUCAUGAAAAUGCUUAGCAUUAGCAAUUUAUGUAACAAACAAAUCAUGUAUGUAUGCAUGCAUUGAAAUGUACUGACACAGCCAAACACAAUGACGCUGUAGUACGUCAUUAAAUUCAGUCCUUAUAUAAAACUCAUACUGUACACACAUGUGGAUUUAUGAUACAUUGGCAUCUGAAGUAAAAGCAGAACACUACUGCACCGAAGAGCAUUUAAGGAGCUGCUGACUGACAGUGAGAAAGGUUUGCUCUGAACUGAAGAACAGGAGGAAAAGAGAGUUGGCUGACAGAAGCAACACGAAGCAGAACAAAACAAGAGAGGACUGAGCUUCUUCCACUCCUUCCUGUGAGAACAGACACACAGAAGACGUACAGAAGAGGCUGUCAGAUAUGAGUCUGGGGCCGGCGUGCAUUUUCCUAAGAGGAUCUAAAAAUAAAAACAUUGAGCGUCCGCUCGCUGAUGAGGAGAUAGACGAGCUGCGCGAGGCGUUCGCCGAGUUUGAUAAGGAUAAGGAUGGUCUGAUCAGCUGUAAAGAUCUGGGCAACCUGAUGAGGACGAUGGGCUACAUGCCCACUGAGAUGGAACUGCUUGAACUUAGCCAGAACAUCAACAUGAAACUUGGAGGAAGUGUAGAUUUUCAGGAUUUUGUUGACCUCAUGGCCCCAAAGCUUCUGGCAGAAACAGCUGGAAUGAUCGGACUGAAAGAGUUGAAAGAUGCAUUUAAAGAGUUUGACAUGGACGGUGACGGCUCUAUCACCACCGAAGAGCUGAGGCAUGCAAUGCUAAAGCUGCUAGGUGAAAACACAAACAGGAAGGAAAUAGAAGCCGUGGUCCGAGAAGCAGACAACAAUGGAGACGGAACCGUUGAUUUUGAGGAAUUUGUCAAAAUGAUGUCUAAAAAUUGAGAAUAUACCUGAGACAUUAAAGAAGGCCUGAGAAAAAUCAUUCCAGAGAGGAAAACAUCUGCAUCAGAGACUCAGUCAGACGGUCAAUAAAGUCACUGACUACAGUACUAUGCAUAUGGGAAAAGUAUUUUAUACUACUUUGUUUAUGUAUUUAUAUAUGUAUUUGCUUUGUUGUUACAUGACCUCAAACACUGAAUCCUCAAACUCUGUAAAAGAUAAUAAUGUCAUAUAUUAAUAUUAUGUAACACAUAUUUCAGUGUAUGUCUGAUAUAUAUGUUCAGAAGAGGAUUUUGUCUUUCAUUGGACAUGCAUACUUGAACUUUUGGCAUAAAACCAAGUUAAAAAGUCUCUCGGACUGUUAUUAU